UUCACCGGCCUUCAUUUCCCCUCCUCUCUCUUUAGGAUCUCUCUGUCACUUGAGCAUUCCUUCGAUUGUUCUUCGGAUGCUCUUCCGAAUCUGACGAACUGAUCUUCCAGGUAAAUUCCUGCAACUCCUCUUCAAUCGAAGUACUCCAUUACUGCUAGAUCUCUCUCCCUGUGCGCGCAAACGCCUGCUUAUGGAUCGGAGCCCACGCUUGUCGUAGUUCAUAUCCUACUUCUUGCGGUAUAGCCAUCUCCGAGCAGGGGCAUCGAGUGAUUCGGCUGUGAAAUUGAGGUGGAUGGAUAUGGAGUGGUCGACGGUGCAGCAUCUGGAUCUGAGGCACAUAGGAAGAGGCCUCAAGCCCUUGCAGCCUCACGCCGCGGCGUUCCAUCCCCAUCAGGCGAUUGUGGCCGCGGCGAUUGGGACCCAUGUAGUCGAAUUUGAUGCACUUACUGGAAGUAAGAUCUCUUCAAUUGACAUCGGUUCUCCCGUCGUUCGGAUGCAGUAUAGUCCUACUAGUGGGCAUGCUGUAGUUGCUAUCCUUGAGGACUGCACAAUUCGAUCUUGUGAUUUUGACUCCGAACAGACCUGUGUGUUACAUUCACCUGAAAAGAGGAUGGAGCAGAUAUCCUCUGACACAGAAGUCCAUCUUGCUUUGACCCCUCUGCAACCUGUUGUGUUUUUUGGUUUUCACCGAAGGAUGAGUGUGACAGUUGUUGGAACUGUUGAAGGAGGUAGGGCACCAACAAAAAUAAAGACAGAUUUGAAGAAACCUAUUGUCAAUCUUGCUUGCCAUCCUCGCCUUCCUGUCCUGUAUGUAGCUUAUGCAGAUGGAUUGAUUCGAGCUUACAACAUCCAUACAUAUGCUGUCCAUUACACAUUACAACUUGAUAAUACUAUCAAGCUCCUUGGAGCCGGUGCCUUCGCUUUUCAUCCGACUUUAGAAUGGGUUUUCGUUGGUGAUAGACGGGGUACACUAUUGGCAUGGGAUGUCUCCACCGAAAGACCUAUUAUGGUUGGAAUUACGCAGGUGGGUUCUCAACCAAUUAUUUCAAUUGCUUGGCUUUCAAUGCCGCGGCUGCUAGUCACACUUUCAAAGGAUGGGAACCUUCAAGUCUGGAAAACACGGGUGAACCUUAAUCCAAACAGACCACCCAUGCAAGCAAAUUUUUUUGAACCUGCAGCAAUUGAAUCAAUCGAUAUCCCUAACAUUUUAUCUCAACAAGGGGGAGAAACGGUGUAUCCGUUACCACGGAUUAGAGCAUUAGAAGUGCACCCCAAAUUGAAUUUAGCCACUCUUCUCUUUGCAAGUAUGGCUAGCGUUGACAACCAGAAAAGUAGGGCUGCAUACACUCGGGAGGGAAGGAAGCAACUCUUUGCAGUUCUCCAAAGUGCUAGGGGGUCUUCAGCAUCUGUAUUGAAAGAGAAACUUUCCUCCUUGGGUUCCUCUGGAAUCUUGGCCGAGCAUCAACUUCAAGCACAAUUGCAAGAGCAUCACUUGAAAGGUCAAAGUCACCUUACAAUUUCAGACAUUGCAAGGAAGGCAUUUCUUUAUAGCCAUUUCAUGGAAGGUCAUGCAAAAUGUGCUCCUAUAUCUCGAUUACCUCUUAUUACCGUCUCCAAUGCUAAACAUCCUCUGAAAGAUAUUCCUGUUUGCCAGCCAUUCCAUUUGGAGAUGAAUUUCUUUAAUAAAGAGAGUCGAGUCCUUCACUAUCCUGUCCGAGCUUUUUAUGUAGAUGACCUAAACCUCAUGGCUUACAAUCUUUGUUCUGGGACAGAUUCUAUCUACAAGAAACUUCAAAAAUCGAUCCCUGGGAGUGCAGAUUACUAUCCAACUCGCAUAAUCUACAGCAUAAAGCAGCAUCUUUUUCUCAUUGUUUAUGAGUACAGAGGUGCCGCAAAUGAAAUUUUCCUUUACUGGGAAAAUACUAAUAUUCAGGCUGCUAACAGUAAGGGUGGCUCGGUCAAAGGUCUAGAUGCUGCAUUUGUUGGUCCGAAUGAGAAUCAAUUUGCAGUACUUGACGGCGACAAAUCUGGACUCUCUUUAUUUGUACUACCAGGGGGAACUUUGCUAGAAGCUGAUAAUCAGAAGAAGGAAGCUUCUAGUGCUGAGCAAAACCAAUCUGCAGAUACUAAUGUUGGUUCUGUUCAAGGCCCUCUUCCAUUCAUGUUUGAAACUGAGGUUGAUAGAAUUUUUACGACUCCUAUAGAGUCAACUUUGAUGUUUGCUUCGCAUGGGAACACCAUCGGUUUGGCGAAGCUGGUCCAAGGAUCCCGCCUUUCAACUACAAAUGGCCAUUACAUAUCGACAAAAGCAGAAGGGAAGAAGUCAAUUAAUCUGAAAGUAAAUGAGAUUGUUCUCCAGGUGCAUUGGCAGGAAACUCUUAGAGGCUUUGUUGCGGGAAUACUUACUACCCAUAGGGUUCUUAUAGCAUCUGCAGAUCUUGAUGUGCUGGCAACCAGUUCUACCAGAUUUGACAAAGGAAUGCCUGCAUUUAGAUCUAUUUUAUGGGUUGGGCCUGCACUUCUCUUUUCCACAGCCAGUUCAGUUAGCGUGCUUGGCUGGGAUGGGAAAGCAAGGACCAUUCUCUCUAUCAGUAUGCCUUAUGCAGUUUUGGUAGGUGCUUUGAAUGAUAGGCUGUUGCUGGCUACUGCUACUGAAAUAAAUCCUAGACAGAAGAAAGGAGUUGAAAUUAGGAGCUGUCUUGUUGGACUUCUUGAACCUCUUCUCAUUGGAUUUGCCACAAUGCAACAACACUUUGAGCAAAAAGUCGACCUUUCUGAGAUACUAUAUCAAAUAACGUCAAGGUUUGACAGCUUGCGUAUAACUCCACGAUCACUCGACAUCCUCGCAAGAGGUCCUCCUGUUUGUGGGGAUUUAGCUGUAUCACUCUCCCAAUCAGGUCCACAAUUCACACAGGUCUUGAGGGGUAUAUAUGCAAUUAAAGCUCUCCGAUUUUCUACGGCUCUAUCAGUCUUGAAGGAUGAGUUUUUGCGUUCCAGAGACUAUCCCAAAUGCCCUCCAACUUCUCAUUUGUUCCAUCGUUUUCGACAAUUGGGAUAUGCCUGUAUCAAGUAUGGUCAAUUUGACUAUGCAAAAGAGAUUUUUGAAGUCAUAUCUGACUAUGAAAGUAUGCUGGAUCUCUUUAUAUGCCACUUGAACCCCAGUGCCAUGCGACGUCUUGCUCAGAAAUUGGAGGAAGAUGGUGGCGAUUCAGAAAUCAGGCGAUAUUGUGAACGAAUUUUGAGAGUCCGGUCUACAGGAUGGACACAAGGAAUUUUUGCUAAUUUUGCUGCUGAGAGCAUGGUCCCUAAAGGACCUGAAUGGGGAGGUGGAAACUGGGAAAUUAAGACCCCUACUAAUCUGAAGGACAUACCUCAGUGGGAGCUUGCGGCAGAAGUUAUGCCGUAUAUGAAAACAGAUGAUGGUGCUAUUCCAUCUAUAAUUGCAGAUCAUAUUGGUGUGUAUUUGGGUUCAAUCAAAGGAAGGGGCAAUAUUGUGGCAGUGAGGGAAGACAGCUUGGUUAAAGUUCUCACUCCUGCUAGAAGUGACAGUAAGCCAAAUGGAAUACAAACUUCUUUGGUGAAAUCAACGUCUAAUAAGUCCAAAGGCGUUGCGGAGGGUGACACCAAGGCUGAAUCCUUGAUGGGUCUGGAAACCCUUACAAAGCAAUAUAGUGCUACUGCUGCAGACGAACAAGCCAAAGCUGAAGAAGAAUUUAAGAAAACAAUGUAUGGUGCUGCCGAUGAGGGUAGCAGCAGUGAUGAGGAAGGUGUGUCCAAAACAAAGAGACUGCAAAUAAGAAUUAGAGAUAAGCCUGUUGCCUCUCCCGUGGACAUUAACAAGAUCAAAGAGGCGACCAGGCAAUUCAAGCUAGGUGAGGGUUUAGUUCCAUCCAUUAGUAGGACGAAGUCGUUGGAUAUUGGGCAGAGCUUGUCACAACCUUCUGCUCCUUCAACUGGUGGAAUGGUUACUGGCCCUACAGGUUUUAGUCCGGUUUCUGCUCCUGCAGAUAUUUUUGGUACCGAUGUGUUAUUACAACCUGCACCUGGGGCACAGCCUGGUCCUGCAGUUACAGGAAUGGGGGUCACAGCUGGACCCAUUCCUGAGGACUUCUUCCAGAAUACCGUAUCAUCCGUGCAGGUUGCAGCUCAAUUGCUUCCUCCUGGGACUUAUCUCUCGAAAAUGGGUGAAGCUGGUCGAGGUGUUGAAACUGGAAAAGCAACAGCUAGUCAGGUCAAUACAUCUGUAUCUGAUAUAGGGCUUGCUGAUGGUGGUGUUCCCCCUCAAGCCUCUCAACAACCUGCUGUCUCACUUGAUUCAAUUGGACUUCCUGAUGGUGGCAUUCCACCACAAUCUGCUGCUCACACUGUAGUAGUACCGCAGCCCCAGGCUCAGGUCCCCAUCUCAACCCGACCUCUUGAUCUUAGCGUUCUUGGGGUAUCAGCUUCCAUGGAUUCUGGAAAACCUGUCCAUCCUGCUUCUCCACCAGCAUCCGUGCGGCCUGGACAGGUUCCACGCGGGGCUGCUGCAUCAGUAUGUUUUAAAACAGGUCUUGCACACCUUGAGCAGAAUCAGCUAGCUGAUGCAUUAUCUUGCUUUGAUGAAGCCUUCCUGGCACUCGCGAAGGAUCAGUCACGUGGGGCUGAUAUUAAGGCACAAGGCACGAUUUGUGCUCAGUACAAAAUUGCAGUUACUCUUCUACAGGAAAUUGGACGCCUGCAAAAAGUCCAAGGUGCCAGUGCGAUUAGUGCUAAAGAUGAGAUGGCCAGACUAUCCCGACAUUUGGGUUCUUUACCACUACUUGCAAAACACCGAAUAAAUUGCAUUCGAACCGCCAUCAAACGAAACAUGGAUGUUCAAAACUUUGCUUAUGCCAAGCAGAUGCUCGAUCUCCUCUUGUCGAAAGCACCUCCAAGCAAACAGGACGAGCUAAGGAGCCUCAUUGACAUGUGUGUUCAGAGGGGUUUGUCCAACAAAUCGAUCGAUCCUUUGGAAGAUCCCUCUCAGUUCUGUGCUGCCACUCUCAGUCGUCUGUCAACUAUUGGGUACGAUGUCUGUGAUCUCUGUGGAGCGAAGUUCUCAGCUUUAUCAGCUCCUGGAUGCAUCAUAUGUGGGAUGGGAAGCAUCAAAAGAUCGGAUGCUCUUGCAGGUCCUGGUCCCGUACCUUCACCAUUCGGUUAAGUCCUGUAAAUGGACGAUUUCGGUUUCAGACAUACUCAUUUAUGCACAGAUAUGAAAGUUUUGAGUUCUCGAUCUUCUGGGCUUCAUGUUGCUUACUCAGUGAUUCAAGGCGCUGCUAGAUGAAAAACUUCUGUAGGAUGUUGAAGCUGCUUAUUGGAGAGUUUGAAUAGAGCUUGUGCCCUUUAGGUAUAUACUAUAUCUCUGUAUUCUUUUGUAGGAGCUUGUUGUAUGCUUCAAAUUUUUCCCCUCGUUUUUUGUUCAUUGUAUAUGUCGAGCCAUUUUUGUCGUGGCCACGCAUUCAUGUCACUGGUGUGUAUAUGUAACGUACAUAUUCUACUAGUUGAAGCGGUCCUCAUUGAUUAUUGUCCA